UGCCGCCGAGAGGGGCAGCUGGCGCAGUGCGGCGCGGUGCACGGCCCGGUGCGGACACGCGAGUCGGUGCUUCAGCCUCACAGCCUCGCACAUGGCCGCACGCAGUCUGCUGGGCGCCGCGACGCUCGUGCUGGUGCUCUGCUGGCCCGCCAGCCCCCAGCAGUACAAGCAGCGCCAGCAGCUCGACCCAGGUGAGUUGGAGCGCCAGAACCGCAUCACACAGGAGAUCCUGGCUCGGUACCUGCAGCGGCGGCUGUUCCCGCAAAGGAGCCUGCCCCUUCAGAGGCCGUCGACGGCCGCGCCUCGGGACGAUGACGAGGUGUCUGACGAGGGGGAGGAGGAGAGACUGCUGUCCGGGGAGUCGGAGCGAGUGUCCAACAUCUACGAGUCGCUCUCAGGCGACUGCGCCAACUGCGUGGAGGAGGGUCCAGGGGUGUCCAGCCGCUGGACCAUGCCUCUGCUGAAGCUGGGAGAGAAGCGAUACUACCUGGGCAUCUUCUUCAAGGCGAACUGGUACCGCGCGGCGCAGUACUGCCGCUACCACGGCAUGCACCUGGCCAGCAUCAGCAGCCAGGAGGAGAACGACAAGCUGGAGAAGCACAUCCGCGACUUCGGUCUGGGACACGAGCACUUCUGGACGUCCGGCACCGACCAGGCCGAGGAGGGCUCCUUCUUCUGGAUGUCGACGGGCCGGCCGCUCACCUUCACCAACUGGAACACGGGCGAGCCCAACAACUUCGUGUACGAGAACGGCGAGGAGGAGCACUGCCUGGAGCUGUGGAACCGCGACGGCAAGGGCCUCAAGUGGAACGACACGCCCUGCUCCUUCGAGACGUUCUUCGUUUGCGAGGUGCAGUGACGGGAGGGCGGGGCGGCGGGCUCCGGCUUUACCGCCUCGCUCAUGACCCCCGGCUGACUCUCGCUGGCUCACAACCUCACCUGGACUCGCUGUCGCCGCACGUGCCGACGUGGCGGGCGCUGGUUCGCACAGCGUCGACUGUUCGCGCCGUCGUCCUUUACGACCAUGAUGCUUGUUCUCUGUAAGCAAACUGAAACAAAUGCCUCAUUCAUGAAGGGUCUUCGUCCAGCCCUGAACACGGGCGUAACUGCCGAUGCAGCUGCCUCGUUGGCACGUGAACCUCUCCGCUCCUCCCUUAUCACCUGACUCGUCCCUCGCCCAGUGCUCCAGCUGCUGCUCCCUCAUCUGCGGCCCGCCCCGCCGAGCUCACACAUGCUCCCGAGACAUCCGACAGUGCCGGGAGUGAAGCGAAGAAGAUCCCAUGGUGGUGUUCUGAACUGUAACUUAAAUACUUGCGAUAUAACUGGAUGGGUUUACCACUGCAAAUGUUAUUUUAUGGCAUAACUUGUUAAGUACUUUGUAUGAUUCGUCUAGUACCAAAUAUCACAGUUCCUUCAUUUCUUUUUUGAAAAUUUCUCAUGGACGUAAGCAACCCACACAAAAAUCCAAAGCUAUUUCCUCGUAGUUAAAAAUACUUCAAUACAAAACUUUAUAUGCAUCAAUAAUAUGGUUUGUAUUUCGACUCAUUAUCCAACUGUAAAACUAUUAUUUUGUUUCGAUUAAGUCCAACUUAAGUCAGUACAAUCACUUUACCAAUAUAAAUAAUUUAUAAUGUAAAAAUUACAGUUAUUAUGCAUAUCGUUAAUUUAUUUUAGAAUACAGCUAUUUUUAACAGUAGACAUGUUGCACACAGAAUAAUGCUCAACGUUAUUAUCCAAAUAUUAAUAAUAGAUUGCUAACACAGAUGUAUUGCUACUACAGACUGCGGAGUACAAUGUCACUUUUAAAUACUCUUUGAUGGCUUGAUACUCACAGGAAAUGAUUCUGGGUAAAUAUAUUAUUGCAAUCCGGCAAGAGAUAGUAUGGUCUAGGACUCCGUUGAAUUCCCAGCCUUGUUACCAAGUUGCUGACCUGCAGUAAUAACUGAGCUCAGCAAUGAAGUACAUUACAGUAGUUGUGUUGUAGUAAUAUAGACGCUUUUUAAACAAAGACUUCUAUUAUGGUAUGACAAGACAAUUAGCACAGAUUAAUCUAUUGUAAAGUUAUAGACAGUUUUUGUUUAUUUCUUCACACGUGAUGCAACUGUGUGCAUAGACAAGUACAGAUUUAUACAUUUCAGGCUGGGCAGUAUAGACAGUGUGAAUAUCCUAAGCAUUAUGCAAACUAUGUAAACUAUCAAUCGAUUAAAUUACUAGAGAGUAGUGCCAAGAAGCUAUGCUGUAACAAUACAAAUCAUAGCGGAAAUCUCAUUUUUUUUGUACUUGCUUGUCUGAUGGUAUCAAUUUUACGUUUUGAAUUAAAAUGCAGUCUUAUUUCAUCGCUCAUUGAUGGAAUUAUAGCUUUACAUUUACUUAAAAAAGUAUUUUUUAAACAUAGAUAUUAUUUAAUUUAAUGGCUAUAAUGAUAUACAUCACCGAAAAUUCUUGUAAAAAUUAAAAACUGCCAUGAAUUAGUAUGGCGUAUCUUUUUCCUGUGUUAUUUCUGGUACAAUUCUCUAGAAUGUGGUUGUAAAACAGUCGUAACUGAUGUCAACUGUUAUGAUAAGUGAUUAUGUAUCAUGCUGCAAUGUUCGAUGAACUACCAUAGCCAUAUAAGUUACUGGACUCAAAAAUAUAGUCUUCCCUUUCAUGUAUAUAUUUUUUACCUUAAAAUGUGUGACUGAAAUUUUUUAUGUAUCUGUACAAUUUGUUUUGAUUAAAACUAAAAGAAACUA